GGUUUUCCUUUUUGGAAUUGCCUUUUAUUUGGGGGUCUAGAAAUAGUUAUUUUCAUUCUGUUUGUUCUUGAGACAAUUGUUAGAAUAGUGAUGGCAGUUUGUUCUUUGGUGUCUCCUUGUCUUUUAACAUUUUUUUUUCCACAUUUCUCAACCAUUUUGUAUCAUUGGUUAGAUUUCAUCUAUCAACAGGAAAAAAAAAGAAAGACAUGCAUGACUAUAUUUUUGGGACUUGCUGUUGAUGCCAUGCCACCUGGUUUUGCUCUGGUUUUACUGUAAUUGAAAUUCUCUCUCCCUCUCUCUCUCUCUCUCACACACACACACAGAUGUAAUUUCCAUCAAAUGAAACUAAAAGAAGCGAGACACGAACUAAAUGCCCCCUUCCCAAAUGCCAUUUUCCUGAAGGUGGGUGAGAAUGUCCUCUAAACUCCUCAAGCAUCAGUCCUUUUUUUUUUUGGGGAAAAACCAGCCUCUUUGUUAUGGGAUUGUGACACACCCACUUAGAAUGCUCUCCACUCAAAGAAUUAAUUUUAAACUUUAACCUUUCUCAUGAGAUGAAUGGUCCUUCAUAAGCUUAAGGUGGUAGAAGAAUCCCAGUUGACUUUUAUUUAUUUAUUUCCAUGAGUUCCCUCCCAAUAUAAAGUUUAUAUUUAUCAUGAAAUGGCUCCUUAAAGAUCCUUAUGAAGGGGGAGAGUCUUUGCCUUAAUUGCAUCCAAUAGCCCUUAGCUUCCAAAAUGCCAACUGUGGUUUUUAAAGAUAUUCUCAAUUCCAAAUUACCGAUGUUCCCUAUAGAUUUCAUCCACUCUAUCAUUCUCUUUUGUUUCAGAAAUAGAGAAAACACUGGCUUUGUGGCCCAGUGGUACUAGCUUCCUCUUUAGUAGGGGAUCCAGUGUUGAGUCUUCAAUUCUUGUUAGGAGCUUAAUUAGGUGGGUGGCUGUCUAAACCAUGGGCUUAGGCUUAGGCUUAGUUUUAGCUUGACAGAAAAAAUGGAGAACUACGCGGAAAAUUUUCAUUUAGAAUGGAUGGAUACAACUCCUGAAAUUCCUGAUGCUGAAAUGUGUUUAUGCCCUGAUUUGUGCAUGCUCAACAGCAUUGAAUAAGGUGUCCUAUGGUUAUAUUCUCACAUAGACACCUUACACUGCCAUUUCUAUGUCCUGAUAACUCCAACUACCUGGGAUCUGGAGCUCAGGUUAAAAUGGAUGAUUUUACAGUGGUUUCCCCACCUGUUGAUUCAUUCAGGGCUCAUCAACACAAAGAGAGGACAGGUGACUUUGAUGCUGUUAAUCCAUCUGAGACAUCAAUUGAUAGUUCCAAAGCACAGAAGAAUGCAAAGAAAAAUGCAAGAAGAAAGGCGAGAAAGAAGGCAAAACGAAAGAAUAAACUUUCAUCAGAUACUGGCUCUACUGAACUAGAAGUUUUAUCUGAGGAAUGUGCCCUUGGAAGUUCAACCUUUGAAACCUCUAUUAACAACGAUAUGGAUCAUGGGGAUGGACCAGUUUCAUAUGAAAGUACCCUAGUUAAUUCAUUGCCAGAUUGUCUGGUUAGUGUAAAUGAUUCUGAAGGAGACAGUAAUGGCAUAACCAACUGUUCAGAAACAUCAGAGACAUGCACCUCAUGCACUGAUGACAUGGAUGUAUCAGAAGAUACAAUUACUUCUGUAGUUCAUAAUUUUACUGGUGAACAUCCUGCGUUUAAUUCUGAAGAUGGGAGCCAAGCCAAAGACAUGGGAUUUUCCAUUUCAAAAGGAUUAGAGGAUAAACAUGGUGAAACAAUCCACUGUCGUGAUGAUAUGUCUUCCAAAGGUUUCUCUGAUAUGCCUGACUCUCUUGUAUUGGGUUCUGUUUCUGUUGGUUGUAGCAGUGAGGACAGUCCUAAUGCUGGUUAUGACGACAGUACCGAUGCUGGUUAUAAUGUAAGUCCAUCUAAUGAACAGGGUAGUGGAAUUAGUGAUUCAGAAGCACAUCAAAGUACCAGAAAUGAAUGCUUUUCUCGUCAGAGUCCAUCAAAUGGUGUUGUGGAUUCUUGUAAUAAUGCUGAUAGAAUGAAGCUUCAUAGUGCAGGCUGUAGCAGCAGUGACAUCCAAUUGGAUGCACGUGGGAAGAGGGAUAAGCAAGCUAAAAUGGUUGUUGAAAAUGCACAUGGCUGUGUUGGGAAGGAAAAUGUGGGUUGCUUUCAGCUUGAUAAGACUUUGAAAGAGGCUCCUUUACUUCAAAGAAAUUGUAACAAUGCAAAUAUAGCAUCAAAAUCUGAAGAUAAGAAUCGAUCAAGAGUUAAGGUCCAUAGAAAGUCGAAAAAAAACUCUAGUCCAGGGUCAAAGCAAGAGUACAACUGUCAUUCCAGGAAGAGAUCUCUUGCUAUGAAGGCCAGCUCUAAUGCACCUGCAAGGAUUAAUAUUCAGGAGAAUGAAAUGUCGGUCUUUCCAGUGCUGUGGAAUGGUCAAAAGGGAUCAGGCAGUAUUUCACAAUCUUAUUCUCAGAAUGAUUGUCCAGAACCUGAAUUACAAACCCAUGGAGUUGAAAGCAUUACCUCUGAGCUAGUUCACAGUUUGCAAGAUUGUACUGGCAACCUGGAACCACCUGAAAGAUGUAGCACCAUUUCUAAUAUGAAAGAUCAUAUUACAGAGGGCCAGAAUAACUCAUUAUUAGAAUCCCUCGACUCUUUGAACAUGUCCAGUCUGCAUGAGGGGCAGUCUGCAGUUCACCUUCAUCCUCUCAUAGGUGAGGAAGUUGCUGAAGUAGACAAAGAAGUUUCUCUUUCAGAAAACAGCAAGCAAGAGCAUAGUUCUGCAUCGGUUAUGAGGAAAUGGAAACCUGUUGCGAAGAAAAAUUCUGGUUUUGCAAGCUUGGGUAGAUCAGACAUAUCAUUACUGGCACAUGCUGAUGAACUAGCUGCUGAAGGUUGGACUCCAGAGAACUCUGUAGAAGAGAAACCAUCUUCUAAUUCUCACAAGCCUAUUUCUUCAAAUGAUUCUGAAAUAAUGUGUGUGGAUCAUAGUUUUGGAAAUGCGAAUUGUUCUUCUCCUGAAGAUGAAAGCCCAUUUCAGAACACAUGCACACCUAAACAGCUCAAUAACAAGCAUCCUGCUGUUAACUGCUUUACUCACUCUUGUAAAGAAAAACAUAUUUAUGCUUUUGGAGCUGAUUCAAGCAAGAUAUCAGGUGCAUUACAUGAUGCCUAUAGGGUACAACAGCUGUCUGAAUCUGUUCAACUGGCCACUGGUUGUCCAAUCGCUGACUUUGAAAGACUUCUUCAUGCUGCUUCUCCUAUUAUUUGUCGAUCAAACAGUGUUAAAAUUUGUCAAACUUGCGUGCGAGAUGAGGUUGGUAGGCCUCUUUGCCGACAUGAGGCACCCAAUAUCACAUUGAGAAGCCUGUGGAAGUGGUAUGAGAAACAUGGGAGCUAUGGAUUAGAAGUAAGAUUAGAAGAUUGUGAAUACUCGAAGAGAUUGGGUUUUUAUCACUCUGCAUUUCGAGCCUACUUUGCCCCUUCUCUCUCUGCAGUUCAGCUGUUCAAAAAGCCUAGGAGUCAUCAUAUGGAUAAUGGGCCUGUGGUUUCAAGGGCAUGUGAAAUGAGUAAAACAUCACAAAGCUCAUUUAACAUUGGCCAACUUCCAAUUUUUUCAAUACUUUUCCCUCGGCCUUGUACUGAGGAGACAAGCUUUAGCCCACUUGAAAAUCAAAUGCACAGUUCGCGAGUAUCAUCCAUGUCUCAAUCUGUCGAUACUACAAUAACUGAUGAUUCAGAGCUACUUUUUGAAUAUUUUGAAUCUGAUCAACCUCAACUCAGAAAGCCAUUGUUUGAGAAGAUAAAAGAGCUGGUUAGUGGUGAUGGACCUUCAUGGAACAAAGUAUAUGGGGAUCCAACAAAACUAGACUCCAUGAAUCUAGAUGAACUUCAUCAUAGCUCCUGGUAUUCAGUGGCAUGGUAUCCUAUUUAUAGGAUACCAGAUGGUGAAUUUCGUGCAGCAUUCCUGACCUACCAUUCAUUUGGCCAUCUGGUUCAUAGAAGCUCUACAUUUGAUUCCCAUAGAAAGGAUGCCUGUAUAGUUUCUCCAGUUGUGGGUCUUCAGAGUUACAAUGCUCAGCAUGAACGAUGGUUCCAUCUGAAACGGUCCAUACAGAGCCAGACAGAAGAAACUUCAAACUUAAAGCCUUCUGAAAUCCUGAGAAAGCGGUUGAAGACACUAGAGCAGACAGCAUCUCUUAUGGCAAGAGCUGAAGUUAGCAAGGGAAAUCUGAAAUCUGUGAACAGACAUCCUGAUUAUGAGUUUUUCCUCUCUAGGCAACGUUGGUGAAUUCCAGAUCCACAACUUGUUGAGUAGUUCGUUUUUCCUUCUCUCUCCCCUCAUUUUUCCCCCAACCCUUCAGGCACAUUCUGAUAGAAUCUCAGUUUGAGUAGGAACUAAGUUCAACUUUUCAAUCUGUACAUAGUUUGUGGAUGCCCUUCUAUCCCUCUUAAAAGUAGACUAUAUCAUAUGGAAGGGCUAGGGCUACUUACAUUGAUUCAGCAGUAUUUGGAUGUUAGAAUUAAAUGUUUUAAAUCCAGUUUUUAAAGUUUCUGGGCCUUUGUUGUUAAUGACUAGAAGUCAGUUCCCUUCAUCAACUUGUUCAAUGAAUUGACGUGCUGCUAGUAGGGUACAUGUACUGUACAUAGCUUUUAGAAACCUUCUUCUUGUGCUCAGUUCUUCCUCUUGCACAUUCUUGUAUGUCAUCUGCCUUGGGUCACCAACACUCUACCACUGAACCAAUUGAAAACUGCACACAAGAAUCAUGGUCUUAUUAGAGGUUUGUUUUGGUUGCAGUCCUACCCUCUUAGGGCAGCUGAUUGGACAAACCAAACUCUUCCUUCAAAACUCAAAAACCUUUGCAAUGGAUGUUGCCCUUCCUUCCUCACUAACAUCCAUAAUAUGCUGAUCUCCCUUCUGAUUCCCCUUGAGUGAUCAACCCCAGAAAACAUCCACCCCAUCCUUUUUUCCGGAGUAGAACAUUACAUUGUUCCCCUGCUGAGAGGUAAGAGGAAAAGGGCUUUCUUUUCCUCCUAUUCUCCAUUAGAUUAUCACGGUUUCUUCAGUCCAUGCAGUUGCCAUUUAGGUAAAGUUUCUUGGCCAUAUGAAGCUUUCCCACUGUUCUCAUGCCAAAUCCUCGUACACACCAUUACAGUACAGUUUGAUUGAUUAUUAGUAUGUUUAAUGUUUUCAGUUGUCCCCAUGUUUGUUAGGGAAGCAAAUGAGCUUUAGCUGAUUAGAUUGCUCGACCCCUUUUCCAUUAAAUUGUUAGGGAAGUAAUUCUCUUAUGAUAAACUAAAAUCAGGCCAAGGAACCCUAGAUGCAAAUCGUAUAAUUUCAGAGCUUCGAUCAAUGUAUGUGGCAGUGUGUGAGAAAUAGUUGAAGUUUCUAAUUAAAGACCAUUUUAUCUCAA